AUGCGUCAGGGGCUCACAACGGGCGUCACCCAGGGCUCAGGGACGAGCCCGCUCGAGGUUGCGCUGGCAGGGCCAAGCAUUCAAGAGUUGCGGGCAAUUACCGCCGCUCUUGGUGCGGCCCGCGACGGGCGAAGCGGCACCAUGUGUCUCUGGACACCAAAAGCGAAGCAGCGAACGGCGGCUGUUGACGAGGCCGCGGAUCAGGCGUACCCGAGAACAUGGGUCAGGCCGCAAGUGUCGUCGGUCGUCGAAGCAGCCUAG